AAUUGGGGUGGGCUGGACUUGGGCCUGGAAUUCGGCAUUUCCGCCCACGUGGGAAGCCAUGCCGUGUAGACCCGGCUAGAAUCUGAAGUGCGGGAGAGUCCUGGACCCCGAGUGAUGGGGCCGGCGCCAGCUGGAGAGCAGCUGUGCGGAGCGAUUGUAGAGCCAGAGGUGAUGGAACCAGCCCUGGAAGGCACAGGCAAAGAGAGGAAGAAGGCAUCCUCUAGGAAGCGUACAUUGGCUGAGCCUCCAGCGAAGGGCCUCCUGCAGCCAGUGAAGCUCAGCCGGGCAGAACUCUACAAGGAGCCUACCAAUGAGGAGCUUAAUCACCUUCGGGAGACUGAGAUCUUGUUCCACUCCAGCUUGCUUCGUUUACAGGUAGAGGAGCUACUAAAGGAAGUAAGGCUGUCAGAGAAGAAGAAGGAUCGGAUUGAUGCCUUCCUACGGGAGGUCAACCAGCGGGUUGUGAGGGUGCCCUCAGUCCCUGAGACAGAGCUCACUGACCAGGCAUGGCUCCCAGCUGGGGUUCGAGUGCCCCUCCACCAAGUGCCCUAUGCCGUGAAGGGCUGUUUCCGCUUCCUGCCCCCAGCCCAGGUUACUGUUGUGGGCAGCUACCUUCUGGGCACCUGCAUCCGGCCAGACAUCAAUGUGGAUGUGGCACUGACCAUGCCCAGGGAAAUCCUACAGGACAAGGACGGGCUGAACCAGCGCUACUUCCGCAAGCGUGCCCUCUACCUGGCCCACUUGGCUCACCACCUGGCCCAGGACCCCCUCUUUGGCAGUGUUUGCUUCUCCUACACAAAUGGCUGCCACCUGAAACCCUCACUGUUGCUGCGGCCACGUGGGAAGGAUGAGCGCCUGGUCACUGUACGUCUGCAUCCGUGCCCUCCACCUGAUUUCUUCCGCCUGUGCCGCUUGCUGCCAACCAAGAACAAUGUGCGCUCUGCCUGGUACCGAGGGCAGAGUCCUGCAGGGGAUGGUAGCCCAGAGCCCCCUACCCCCCACUACAAUACAUGGGUCCUUCAGGAUACAGCUCUCGAGUCCCAUUUGCAGCUCCUGUCAACCAUGCUGGGUUCAGCCCAGGGCCUGAAGGAUGGCGUGGCACUUCUGAAGGUCUGGCUGCGGCAGCGGGAGCUGGACAAGGGCCAGGGCGGGUUUACUGGGUUCCUUGUCUCCAUGCUGGUUGUCUUCCUUGUGUCUACACGCAAGAUCCAUACCACCAUGAGUGGCUACCAGGUCCUGAGAAGCGUCUUGCAGUUUCUGGCCACUACAGACCUGACAGUCAACGGGAUAAGUUUAUGUCUCAGCUCAGAUCCCUCUUUGCCGGCCCUGGCUGACUUUCACCAGGCCUUCUCCGUUGUCUUCCUGGACUCCUCAGGCCAUCUCAACCUCUGUGCUGAUGUCACUGCCUCUACUUACCACCAGGUGCAGUAUGAGGCACGGCUGUCUAUGACGUUGCUGGACAGCAGAGCUGACGACGGGUUCCACCUGCUGUUGAUGACUCCCAAACCCAUGAUCCGGGCUUUCGACCACGUCCUGCAUCUCCAUCCACUGAGUCGCCUGCAGGCAGCGUGCCACCGGCUGAAGCUCUGGCCAGAGCUGCAGGACAAUGGGGGGGACUAUGUCUCAGCUGCUUUGGGCCCCCUGACCACCCUCCUGGAGCAGGGCCUGGGGACUCGGCUGAAACUCCUGGCUCACUCUCGACCUCCAGUCCCAGAGUGGGGCAUCAGCCAAGAUCCACCAAAGCACAAAGACUCUGGGACCCUGACCCUGGGACUCCUUCUACGGCCUGAGGGACUCACCAGCGUCCUUGAGCUGGGUCCAGAGGCAGACCAGCCUGAGGCUGCUAAAUUCCGCCAGUUCUGGGGAUUCCGCUCGGAGCUUCGGCGUUUCCAGGACGGAGCCAUUCGGGAAGCUGUGGUCUGGGAGGCAGCCUCUAUGUCCCAGAAGCGCCUUAUUCCCCACCAGGUGGUCACUCACCUCUUGGCACUCCAUACCGACAUCCCAGAAACCUGUGUCCACUAUGUGGGGGGCCCCCUGGAUGCACUUAUCCAAGGCCUGAAAGAGACCUCCAGCACAGGCGAGGAGGCCCUGGCAGUGGCGGUAUGUUGCUAUGACGACCUCAGUCGCCUACUGUGGGGGCUAGAGGGUCUCCCACUGACCGUGUCGGCUGUUCAGGGAGCUCACCCAGUGCUGCGCUACACAGAGGUGUUCCCACCAACUCCAGUCCGACCAGCCUCCUCCUUCUAUGAGCCUCUGCGGGAGCGUUCCUCACUGCUGCCCCGGCUCGAUAAGCCCUGUCCAGCGUAUGUGGAGCCCAUGACCGUGGUCUGUCACCUGGAGGGCAGUGGCCAGUGGCCACAGGACGCUGAGGCCGUGCGGCGGGUCCGAGCUGCCUUCCAGCUGCGCCUAGCAGAGCUGUUGACACAACAGCAUGGUCUGCAGUGCCGUGCCACUGCCACACACACAGAUGUCCUCAAGGAUGGAUUUGUGUUUCGGAUUUGCGUGGCCUAUCAGCGGGAGCCCCAGAUCCUGAAGGAGGUGCAGAGCCCAGAGGGGAUGAUCUCACUGAGGGACACACCUGCCUCCCUCCGCCUUGAGAGAGACACAAGGCAGUUGCCACUGCUCACUAGUGCCCUGCAUGGACUGCAGCAGCAGCACCCAGCCUUCUCUGGUGUGGCACGGCUGGCCAAGCGGUGGGUGCGUGCCCAGCUUCUUGGUGAGGGUUUCACUGAUGAGAGCCUGGAUCUGGUGGCCGCUGCCCUUUUCCUGCACCCUGAGCCCUUCACCCCUCCCAGUUCCCCCCAGGUUGGCUUCCUUCGAUUCCUUUACUUGGUAUCAACGUUUGAUUGGAAGAAUAACCCCCUCAUUGUCAACCUCAACAAUGAGCUCACUGCGGAGGAGCAGGUGGAGAUCCGCAGUGGCUUUCUGGCAGCUCGGGCACAACUCCCCGUCAUGGUCAUUGUUACCCCCCAAGACCGAAAGUACUCUGUGUGGACACAGGAUGGACCCUCAGCCCAGAUCCUGCAGCAGCUUGUGGUCCUGGCAGCUGAAGCCCUGCCCAUGUUAGAGAAGCAGCUCAUGGAUCCCCGGGGGCCUGGGGACAUCAGGACAGUGUUCCGGCCACCCUUGGACAUUUACGAUGUGCUGAUUCGCCUGUCUCCUCGCCAUAUCCCGCGGCACCGCCAGGCCGUGGACUCGCCAGCUGCCUCCUUCUGUCGGGGCCUGCUCAGCCAGCCGGGGCCCUCAUCCCUGAUGCCUGUGCUGGGCUACGAUCCUCCUCAGCUCUAUCUGAUGCAGCUCAGGGAGGCCUUUGGGGAUCUGGCCCUUUUCUUCUAUGACCAGCAUGGUGGAGAGGUGAUUGGUGUCCUCUGGAAGCCCACCAGUUUCCAGCCCCAACCCUUCAAGGCCUCCAGCACAAAGGGGCGCAUGGUGAUGUCUCGAGGUGGGGAGCUGGUAAUGGUGCCCAAUGUAGAAGCAAUCCUGGAGGACUUUGCUGUGCUGGGUGAAGGCCUGGUGCAGACUGUGGAGGCCCGAAGUGAGAGGUGGACUGUGUGAUCCCAGCCCUGGAGCAAGCUGUAGAUGGACAGCAGGACAUUCGACCUCUAGAGCAUAAUGUCAGUGGGAUGACCUCCACUCUGCUUGGACAUGAAUCCCCCAUGGAGGGCCUGCUGGCUGAACACGCUGAAUCAUCUCCAACAAAGCCCAGCCCCAACUUUCUCUCUGAUGCUCCAGCUUUGGGGCAGGGGCAUGGUGGCCCGUGUGGUCUCCUGGGCCUGACCGUCCCAGAAGAGGAGUGGGAGCCAGCUCAGAGAAGGAACUGAACCCAGGAGAUCCAUCCAGCUAUUAGCCCUGGGCCUGGAUCUUCCCCCAAUUUCCCACUCCUUUCUUAGUCUUCUUCCAGAAACAGAGAAGGGGAUGUGUGCCUGGGAGAGGCUGUGUCUCCUUCCUACUGUCAGGACCUGUGCCUAGACUUAGCAUGCCCUUCAAAGAGUCACAUCACCAAUGCUGAGCAGUGGAAAGGGGCUAUAUGUGUAUGAAUAGACCACAUUGAAGGAGCA